ACGCUCCCAUUCCUUCGGCCACGGCCUCUUUCUUACGGUGGCUGUUCCAUGUCUCUAGUCUAGAACUUUCCCUCUCAUUCUCCAGACAAAUAAAAAAAAAAAAAAACCUAAACAAAUCCUCUUAUCUGUAUCUAUUCUUCCAUCCUUCCACCGAAGGAAUUGGGACGCGAGAGAAGAAGAGGAAUUGGUGCGAUGGGGGAAGAGCAGCAACUGAGGCUGGACCUGGAGGACCUUCGGCAUCUCGAGUCCAUCGCCAAAAGGCCCCGCGUCCUCUCCCUCCUCUCUGCCGAGAUCCGUAACCUCGACGCCAGGCUGUCUAAAGUUACUGCCGCAGCAGCAGAAGCAGCAGCAGCAGCACAGCCUGCGGUUUCUGCGGAAAAGGCUCCUGCGGCUGCCAGCGGUUUGAAUUAUGUUACUCUCGGAUCGUUUAGCUGGGAUCAAGACAAUGACAAGAUCAAGCUCUAUGCGUUGCUAGAAGGUGUACAAGAAGGGAAGAUGGAGACUCUGUUUAAGCCAAUGUCAGUGGACAUCAAAUUUCAUGAUGUCCAAGGGAAAAAUUAUCGAUUCUCUAUUCCGAAACUAAACAAAGAAAUAAUUCCUGAGAAAUGUAAAGUGGUGGUUAAGCCGACGAAAGUUAUUGUUACACUGUCCAAAGCUUCGAAAGGGAACUGGUUAGACCUGCACUUCAAGGAGGAUAAGCUAAAGCCAAGUUUAGACAAAGAUAAAGACCCAAUGGCAGGAAUUAUGGAUUUGAUGAAGAACAUGUACGAGGAAGGCGAUGAUGAAAUGAAACGAACAAUUGCCAAAGCUUGGUCUGAUUCAAGAUCUGGGAAAACAGCUGAGUCGUUAAGAGGGUACCCUUGAUCAGUUGGUGGUAGAUUGCGAUCUUAAUAUUUUGGCUUUCAAUGUAUUUUGGGGAUGAUGUUAAGAUCACAAACUAUUACUAAUCUUCUUUCUUAAAGGUGGACUAUUUAUAAGUAUUUGUCAUUUGUGUCUCUGAUCUGUGGCUAUGCCAGUGUGGUAUUAAGCCUCUCAAGACAUGAAACUGAUCUUGAGAUUUAAGGGUAUGUAACCGCUAAUUGCAUGCACGGUACCUCUUUAGUUACAAUAGUUUUGUCUAUUCUAAUUAUAAUGUGGCCUGGAACACA